UUUAAGAUAGUUCAGUUGGCCUUUGGAUGGGGACCAGAGAGUACCGUGGCUCUGCGGCGGAGUCUUGUUGACUUAGCACCCUCCGUUAAUUCUUGCGGUGUUUAGAAUAGCAACAAGACUGUUUUCUUUACCAUUGUUGGAAUCACAGGAAAAGAAAAAAAAGAAAGAAAGAUAGAGAGAGAGAGAGAGAGACCUGGCCAAAGUGUUUUCUCAAUUUUAAUCAAGUCACGAGCUGCCCAAAAGAAAUCUAUCUUGAGAAAGAUAACGAAACGUGACGCCGAUAAUGGUGAACUGAUUUAUGUCGUAUGGUGUGAAAACUCUGCCCGGUCGGAAAAAGGGUGUACGUUCACGUUCGUGCUUGCGUGCUUGUGCCUGUGUGUUGUUAUAGGUCUAGAAGCUCGGUCAAAGUCACGUUACUCGGCGCCGCCAGUGAUCCCUUUUUUUAAUUCUUCCGCUCGUUUUAGGAUUUAUCGUCAUGUCAGACUCUAGAAUGCCAGCGAGCUGACCCGACGGACGGCCAAAGAAGAAGAAGAAGAAGGCCCCUGAACGAACGUCCUCUCGCGCCCACACGCCGCCUCUGACGCCCGCCGCCCGCCCGAACUCUCCACCUCGACGACUUCUCGCAGUAAAUCGACGGUGAAAGAAGAACGAACCUUUUCUUCCUCUCGCGCUGUGUUCAGCUCUGUGUGUUCAUCUCACGAGUCGCGUUUUCUGAUGCAUAAAUUGUGAGAGUCGGAUCAGUGGAGAGAGAGAGAGAGAGAGAGAGAGAGAGAGGAGAGAGAGAGAGAGAGGAGGUUUGAGCCGAUGUCAUUUAUUGAAUGAGUUUGGUUCAACGGCGGCGCAGCCAGCGAGAGUAAAAGAGCGGAUGGCGUUGUAGAACUUAUUCCUACGCCUCUCCUCCUCCUCCUCCUUUCUACUACGCCUCCUUCUUCAGCGAUUUCUCCACACCCCCCUCUCCCCACUCCUCUUUUUUUAUAUAUAUAAAUCUUCCCUCAAAGAGGUGUCUGGUCUGCCUCAGUUGGGGUGGACCACAUAAUGCUUUUUAGCCAAAAUGUGUGACCAGUGGUCAGCUUACCCCGUGAAGAUGCAUACCCUCUUCAGCGAUCAGCAGUCCUACUACCGUCAUGCUGCCGCUACCUACCCCCCAGCUGCCCUGCAGCAGAUGUCAGCCAUGGCGCCCAACACUUACGGCUACGACGGAUACAGCGCCAUGGGGCGAUACCACCCUUACGGCUACACCCCCCAGCAGCAUGCCCCCCCGAAGGACAUGGUCAAGCCUCCGUACUCGUACAUCGCGCUGAUCACGAUGGCCAUCCAAAACAACCCGGAACAGCGAGUGACCCUGAACGGCAUCUACCAGUUCAUCAUGGAGCGGUUCCCCUACUACCGCGAGAACAAACAGGGCUGGCAGAACUCCAUCAGGCACAACCUGAGCCUGAACGAGUGUUUCGUCAAGAUCCCCAGGGACGACAAGAAGCCCGGCAAGGGCUCCUACUGGACGCUCGACCCCGACGCCCGCAACAUGUUCGACAACGGCUCCUACCUCCGGCGGCGGAAGCGCUUCAAGAAGAAGGAGGCCGCCCCCACCAGGGACAAAGAGGACGCCCUCAAGCGUCAGGAUCAGCAGCAGCAGCAGCAGCACACACCUACGGGACCAGAUUCCGACCAGAGACCUCAGCAACCCGAUGCUACUUCCGUAGCAAUGCAGCAGCAGCAGCAACAGCAGCAGCAGGGGGCACAGCAGCCACAGCCUCGGAAUGUCGUUGGGGGUCAGCCGGAUGCUGAGGGCGUUCAGGUAGGGGGCGGAACCCCUCUCUCCCCUCUCUGUCAGCCCAAGACGGAGCCCCUAGAUUCCCCUGACCUUCCUCCUGCAUGCCUGCCGGAAGUGAAAGCAGCAGGGCACACGCCACCUUUACACGCCCAUACCCACACGCCGCCCCUCCAUAACCAUACCCACACGCCGCCCUUACACGCCCACAGUCACCUGCCACCGACCAGCCUGCCCACCACCACAUCCAGCGCAGGGCACGAGGGGUCCUACCUGGAGGUGGCCUCCUCCUUCAGCGUGGAUUCCCUGGUGCCAGGGUCGAGGGACGUCGUGGGCCGCGGGGACACCAGUCCCGCCUCCCUCCUGUCGGAGGUGCAGCAGCAGCAGCAGCAGUACCGAUCUAACAUGUACUACGACACCAUGGGGUACUGCCAGUACAGCGACGCCCGAGCGCCCUCCGUCUUCCCCUCAGCUGCUGCUGCCGACGACAUGACGGCUUGCGGCAGCGCCGCCGCCGCCGUCACCGGCGGCUCGGCUGCCGUUGGAGGCAUGACGAUGCAGGCUGCAGCGGCGGCGGCCGCCUAUUCCCGAUCUCACGGCUCUUGGUACUCGCAGCCCCUGGAGACGACGAGCGGAGGCAGCGCUGCCGACGGAGGCUUCCCCAACGUGCGUGAUAUGUUCGAGUCUCAGAGGCUCCUGACCAACCCCUCGUGCCAGUUGGGAUUUCGAGCUUCCUACAAAUAUCCUUCGUACUACGACGACGCCGCGAAAUACUAAACGGUCGUCUAGGAAGUCGCACUGAUGGAUUCGCUCUCUGAGGAGACUCUCUGAAGGGGGGUCACACCCCCACCCCUCCGUCAGGUAUAUGAAAAGAUGAAUGAAUGUUCAAUAAGACGGGAAAAUGUCUAACGAGAUGCAGGUGACAUCAUCGCCACACGAGAUUUUUUUUUUUAAAUCUGUAUUCUAGUGAAACCAAAGAGAUGUUAUGUUUUUUUGGUGACUUGGGUGUCUUUGCAAGGGCGUGGACGCCCCUGGAGGUGUUGUGGGCUGACGCCCGUAUGAAUCACCCUCCCCCCCAAAAAAAAGUAAAGGGAUUUCUUUCGGGCGUAGGUUGAACAGAAACUCAUAUUGGCCCCCCCAUACCCAAUUAUUUUUUUUAAGCGAAUUUAAUUUCUGAAAUUAUAUGUGACGUCACCAGUGCUGCAAGCAAGCACCGUGGUUGUCCCUUCACGAACUCUGCAAGCGCUUGCGCCUUCAGCUAUGUACGUAUAGAGAGACAUUCAUGUACGCGUAGGAUAUUUUUCCUAUGUACGUAUUAUGGCAGAUCUGUGUACCUCUAGGACAGACCGAUGUGUAUAUCUCGAUAUUAUUAAUAUUAUUAUUUAACAUUGUGUAUCAUAAUGCAUAAUAUAUUACGCUUUUUAUA